CUAAACUAAGGUCGUUAUCUUCGCGCGAAAGGCCCCCAUCCCUCCCUCUCUCUAGAAACUAGAAACUAGAAACUGCUAAAGUUGACAGGCAAUCUUUAUUGUAUUGAUAAUUAGUAAUGGCGUGGAUUUCAGGGGUUGUUUCUCUACCGUUAUCUUCAAACAUAGGAUGCUCCAGAGUUUCAAUUACUCCUCAAUCUCUUCACCAACCUCACUCCUUUUCAGUUCCCACUUCAUGCGGAGACCCAGACCCCAGGGCUUAUGGGAAAGUCGUCGAGCGAAGGAAAGUUUUGAUUUCAUCAGUUGGGAUGCUUGCUGCUGGAUUCUGGUCGAAUGCUUCAAUAAAUGGAGUAUCUGUGGCAGCUGAAUAUGCUGACAUGCCAGCACUUAGGGGAAAGGACUACGGCAAGACUAAAAUGCGUUAUCCGGACUACACAGAGACAGAAUCAGGUCUUCAGUAUAAGGACUUGCGAGUAGGAAAUGGCCCCAUACCAAAGAUGGGAGAGACUGUAGUGGUUGAUUGGGAUGGUUACACCAUCGGUUAUUAUGGCCGUAUAUUUGAAGCCCGAAACAAGACAAAGGGUGGCUCCUUUGUGGGUGAUGACAAGGACUUCUUCAAAUUUAGAAUAGGAUCUCAAGAGGUAAUACCAGCUUUUGAAGAAGCUGUUUCAGGCAUGGCUCCGGGUGGCAUUAGAAGGAUCAUAGUGCCGCCGGAUCUGGGAUAUCCAGACAAUGAUUACAACAAGAGUGGCCCAAGACCAACAACAUUUUCGGGUCAACGAGCUUUGGAUUUUGUACUGAGGAACCAAGGGUUGAUAGACAAGACUCUUUUGUUUGAUAUUGAACUCCUAAAAAUCAUAUCAAACUGAUCACCUGUGAAGUUCAACAUAUGUUACAGAUGCCACAAUCUGAAACAUAGAGGGUGCUGGAAGAUCAUGAUCUGCCACAGAGACAUAAUAUGAUAAAUGUUAAAACAUGGUCUUGAUGAACGUAAAGAUGAUCUCCACGAAGAUAGAGAGAUAUUUUUAUUUACUUUUUAUACCUUUUCAUGAGAUCUAAUAUUAUGGUAAGCAGCUUCUAUUAGUUUAUUUACCACUGGUCCUUGCCCAAGAAAGUAUGAAGAUGUACAAGAAAGGUUAUUUUCACACCAGCCUGUGUAAUUAGAAUUUUUGUUUUACUGUAUUCUUGUACUAGUAUUA